AUGAAUCAACGGCGGCUGGUGAGCACAAAAGAAAGAACGGAAAAACAAUUGAAACGAAGCGAAGAGUGUAAACGCAUUGUGACGGUUCUGCGCCAAACCCUAGCCGAUAAUCCCGAUAAAGUGAAAAUUCUCACAAACAACAUCGAAGACAAAGGCAAGGAGUUACCGCAACCAGGAAAUUGGCUUGAAAGUCAUGGCAUUAUUGACUUUAUUGAGUAG